AAGAUUGCAAGGAGUGCGGAAGGGGGUAAAGAGACAGUCUCGAGACGGAGGCAUAUGGUCGCCUAUGGCUAUCACUUUUCUUUUAAUUCAGUGGUGAUAGCCUAUAGGCGCUUGCUACCAAAGAAGACCCUGAUCAAAGCCAGGGAAAAUUCAGAGCUGGCCCCUUCUAUGACAGCUGCCAUGCUUAUGUAAAGGAAGGCGCAACCGGUUCUGUUAUCUGACCAGUCACCUUUUGGGACGCUUGCUUUAUACUGGAGAUACUUUAAUUUUGGGUUCGCCUCCUGCUCUUGGUGUCGGAUAUUGGAAGUACUGGACUGGUGCACACAACUCCAAAGGGGUUUUAGAUACUUUUGUUAACAAAGCUCACUGAAGGUAACUAAACAUGAGAAGAAAGCUAGACUUGUCUGACCUGACUGAUAAUGAAGCUGAACAUGUUCUUCAAGUGGUCCAACGAGAUUUUACCCUCCGCAAAAAAGAAGAAGAUCGACUGAAUGAAAUGAAACAGAAGCUUGAUGAAGAGGGUAACAAGUGCAGCAUCCUUUCUAAGCACCAGAGAUUUAAUGAGCGUUGUUGCAUGCGUUGCUGCUCCCCUUUUACAUUUCUCAUCAAUACUAAACGACAAUGCCAAGACUGCAAAUACAACAUCUGCAAGAACUGCAGCUCUUUUCAGAAGAAAGAGAAAGCUUGGCUCUGCAACAUGUGUCAGCAAGCUAGACUUCUAAGAGCUCAGUCCCUGGAAUGGUAUUACAAUAAUGUGAAAAGUCGCUUCAAACGUUUUGGAAGUGCUAAAGUUCUGAAGAAUUUAUAUAGAAAACAUCGCUCGGAAACUGGAACUUGCUGUGACAUACUAGAAGCAGGACAUUUUUAUGAAGCAACCACAGUAAGUGAAGAAAGCAAAUGUGACAGUGAUUCUGUUUUCUACAAACAGACAGAAGGAUAUAGCAUGUUAAGCACUGUUGCUGUAGCCUUGCAUGUUGCAGAAGAAGUAAUAGAAGAAGCUAUUUCCAAAGCUGAGACAUACAGUGACAGCUUGGACAAACAGCAUGAAGCUUGUUACUUGCAAGAUCAUAAAGAAGAAUUGAUAGAAGAGCUUGCUACCACCAUUCUCCAGAAGAUUGUAAGGAAGCAGACAGUCAAAACUGAGCAAGUGGAAGCUGGCUUUGAAAGGCCACAGUUCAUGCACAACAGAAGUGUGAUAUCUGCUGUUUCCCCAAAACAGAACAUGCUGACUUUUCAAAGAAGUCAUAGGAGGUCAUAUGCGUUAUGGAGAUCCCAGUCUGCAUUUUCACUGACUAAUGAAGCUACAGCCCGAGACCCAAUUUUCACAUCUACAAUGUUUGAAUCUACCUUGAGGGAACCAAAAGGCCAAAACAAAAAACAAAAGCACAGACUAUCUACAUUUCCCAGCUGGAAGAGUGUGGACCAAUUAAAUGAACCAAAUAAAGAUUUUCCUCCUGUUUUACAAAGUACAGAUGGAAAUUGGGUAGCCUUGCAAAAUGCCAUUUUGCCUUGUCCUCGAAUUCUUGCCAAACCUAAGAGCCAAGUGUUCAAAGCUUUGGAGGAAGAAUCCAGUGUUGUAUCUGCUUAUGAUGAGAUGGGCUCAGAUAGCGAAGAGAAUGAUGACUGGAAUGUGACUUUGAACAAGCUAGAGCAGAGGCCUCAGGAGCUUUCAAAUUAUGUUGAAGCUCAGCACAAUGCUGAAUGGAGUUGUGGCAAUGAAUUAUACCAGUCUAUGACUUCUCCGUCACCUAAGGGGUUUACUAUUGAGACAGAAUACUCUGAUUCAGAAAUAUCACCUGUCAAUUCUUCAAGGGAGCCUAUAGCAUCUAACCUCUCAGGAAUACAUAAAGAAAUUUGUAACAAUAAAUACAGAGAGGAAAAAGAAGAUUUGAACGAAGAAUUGGAUAUGAAUUUUAAUCCACAGGCUACCACUUUAAACUAUUCAGAUAGUAGUGAAAAUGAAGAAACCUAUCAUGACUUUGAAAAGACAUCAAGGACAUGGGAAAAAAGCAGUGUUCUCUCUGAAGAUUUAUGCAAAAGCAAAAAUUGCACAAAACCACCCAGGAACUUGGGUACAUAUCAGGUUUUUGAUGAUUUAUCAAAAAUUAACAUCAGCUGUGACGACCAACAUCAACAAAGUAAAGUAUUCUCUAUGGAAGAAAGGAUGAAGGCAAGGUUAUCUGAAUUAUCAAUAAAAAUGAAAAAUAGUAGAGAAACUUCAGAGGAAGAGAUAUCAGAAUUAAGAACAGCAAAUGAGAACCAGAAAUCAGGCUUAGCUUCAGAAAGCAAUAGCAAAUGCCUCCAAGAAGAGUUUAAAAAGAAGUGUUCUGCAGCCUCUCUCUGCAACAUAUCUACUGAAGUCCUAAAAGUAAUCAAUGCAACAGAGGAAUUCAUUGCAGAAUCCAUAAAGCCAUGUGAUUUCCCAGAAGAAACAUAUGAAAGAGGGAACAGAGAAUUCCCAUUAGGCACAAACCUUAUCAAACUUGAUGGGCAGCUCACAAUGUUGGAAGAAAAUGUCUACCUGGCAGCUGGCAGUGUGUAUGGCCUAGAGAGUCAGCUAAAUGAACUUGAGGAUGCAACUCGUAAAAUUAACAGCAUUACUGCAGAAGCUGAACUGACUGAUCUAGAGGACCAAGUGGCAACAGCUGCAGCACAAGUUCAUCAUGCAGAGCUUCAGAUUUCAGAUAUUGAGAGCAGAAUUUCAGCCCUUUCAGUAGCAGGCUUGAAUGUGGCUCCAUAUGUUCAUUUGACAAGAAGACGUGAUCACCAGACAAGUCAGAUGCAUACAAUAGACACAUCCAGACAGCAGAGACGAAAACUUCCAGCUCCACCAAUGAAAGGUGAAAACAUGGAUGCAUCUCCAGUUGUUCCUAUUAGAACAUUUAACAGGAAUUUCAUACUCCAAGGAUCUCUGACACAAAGAACAAAAAAAGAAAAAAAGAUCACUGCCAAGGAUUUGAUGGAACCAACUAUAGGGUCUUCUGCAAUGUAUUAGAAUUACAAAAUUCUACUGCCAAUGACACACUGCCUAAGGCUGCACACUAGAGUGCCUUUAUAUAACAGCCAUUAUAUACAUCCAGUAAAAAAAAAAAGAUUCUUAAAAACUUACAAUGCCUCAGUAAUAGGGCUUUGUUUGGAUACCUCGUUGAGAAAGAUGUUCAAGAUGUUCAAGUCUUCACUAUUGUGGUCUGCUCAUCAAAACUCUGCCUUAAAGUUCUAAAGAGACUCCAGGAAGUACACUAAGUUUCAAGGCUUCAUAUUUUAAGAUGCACUUUUAUUCACUCUAUCAAUUAUGCUAAAGGACAUUACCUUUAGAUAUUCUCAGUUCUUCAAUUAAUAUUAGUUAUUGUCUCAUUUGAAGGUAAAAGAAAAUUUUAAAUUCUAUUCUAUUCUGUGAUACAUAUUUCCUGGGAUCUUACUGUUCAGAUGUUCAGUCAUUUAUGGCAUUAUCAGAGCAAUAAGAAUUCCAGGAAUAACUGGUAAUCCUGAAAUAAGCUGUGAAACAGGAUGGCCAGAAAGGAGGUUGAAAGCAUAAGAAAGAAAGCAUUUUCCAUUUGUAAUUUCUACCUGCAUUCCACUAUGGCAUAUUCUGCUAGUCAUCAUACAAAUGUCCUAACUUCAUAUCAGUAGAAGAAUAUAUUUGCUGAUUAAAUAUACUUUCAUCUAAAUUAAUUGAAAUCUCUUCCAUCCUCAAGAAAUAGUGAAGCCAGUUGCAGACUGUAUUCCCACUUGAGAUAGGUUCUAAUCUCACCUGUUAGAACUCAAAAUCUAGCAUUUUAAAAUCUAUUCCAAAAGGCAGGUUUCAAAUCAAUAUGCAUUAUUCCAUCUCCAGUUAUAGAAACUUAUUCAAUUAUAAAGUAUAUGUAAUCAUUCUAUUAACGUUUCAUAUUUCUAAAAGUGUAUAAUCCUGUGUUUGAAGUCCAGAAUGUGAGAGUGCCCUUUAGUGCAUAUAUAAUCUUGGCUCUUUUGUUUAUAUCAAAGCUUGUAAAAACAGAUUUGGAAGCUCAGCCUCUACAAAAAUAAUUUGAAGAAAUGGUUUGGCUUAAGUAUCUUCAAUUCCCAAAAGAUAGACAAGUGAGACAUUUCAUUAAUUCCCCUGGCUGGUAUCACUAAAACUGGCCAAUGGUUUAUAUCUUAUCAGCUGCAUGAACAAAAAUCUAGACAACAGAAUUGAGCAUAUUGGAAGUUUCAAAACAAGAAAUAAUAAUAAUUUAAAUUUUGCCUGAAUGCCUACAAAGAUAGUUUCCAUGUUUGGCUUUAGAGUCAGUCAUGAUGUCUACAUGAUUGCACUCUUGUGCUCUGUUUUCAUAAGAACUUAUAUAAAUAGCACACCAAUUAACACUUUAAAACAUUCAUUUCACCCGGAAAGCAUGAAUUAGCUAGGAAAAAUUCAAAUCUUCACCACUUUUGAAACGUCUUUAAAAAGAGAUUUGGCAGUACUAAAAACAAUGUCUAGAAAUUAGCCCUGCUGAUUUUAAUUGGAGCUACUUCUGACUACAAUAAGUCUAGGACAUUAUUGUACAACUAUAGGACUGCACCAUUGAUAGUUUCAUUACUUUUGUUGUGCAUUUCCUUGUUGCUUGUCUAAAAUUUCUAUGGUAUUUGGUUGUUUGGUUUUUCUUUUUUUCCAGACAAAAUUAUGUCAUAUACAGCAUGCAACUGUUAUUUGUCUUUUGUGGAAUAACUAAUCCAAUGGCAGGAUUUUGUCUACAAUAUAGAGAUAUCCAUAUAGUGUAUAACCUAGUAAAUGCUCCUCAGCAAGAUUAGGCUCCUAUACUAUUGUAAAUUACUCACAUUCAAUCCACACUUUUUUCAGUGUUUGUGCAAGAUUGACUCCCACUUUCUGCAGAUCUAUGUUAAUUGAAUGAAAUGACAGGUGGUUUACAUAUUUGUUCAAUUACACUAAUAGCUAAUAUUGUGUGUGUAAUAUUGAAUCCAACAUGACUAAUUUUAAUAGAUAAUAUAUUUUGGCUUUUUUCUGUUAAUGUGAUAUAAAGAAAAUGAGUAUGGAAUAGAAUGUUUUCCAUAAGAGGCAUGAAAAGCAACUACUGUGUUUAAAAUUUAAAUUAUUCAGUCUUUUUUGAGAAAAAUGUUUCCUGUUUAGGCAUUGCAAAAAAAAGGGGGGGGGAAUCCCUCCCUCAAUGUAUACCAUUUCGGUUUUUACAAAACUUUACUUGUGCCAAAUGUGCAAAGAAUUAACUUACUGUUCAAAAGAAAUCAUAAAAUGUGUAUGUUACAACAUAAAAUAA